AAACAGAAAACUCAGUAAUAGAAGAAAGAAGAAGAAGAAAACUCAAUAAAAGAAGAAAGAAGAAGAAGAAGACAGAAUUAAAAAGUCUAAGAUCGUAUAAGAGAAGGAAAGGGAAAAUAAAUGUGUAGGAGAAAUAAGAGACAGAAUAAUAGAUACAGUUCCAAGGAAUAAAGACUUCAAUAGUCUAAAACUCUUUAAAAGAGGAGGAAGAGGAAGAGAAAGAAGAUGUAGAAGAAGAGGAAGAAGAGGAAGAAGAGGUAGAAGAGGAAGAAAAGGAGGAAGAAGAAGGAGAAGAAAUAGAAGAAAUAUAUGAAACAGAGAUCAAAUUAAUAUAUAACACAAGAAAACCUUCACACAACAGAGAGAAGAUUACAAAGAACAAGAUUCAGGGAAUAGAGACAUAAAAGGUCUAAAAACCUAUAAAAGAAGAAGAACAGGAAGAAGGGGAAGAAGAAGGAGAAGUAGAAGAAGUUACAGAAAACAAAAUGCUUGAUAUGCUAAUAAUAGAGGUUCAGCUCUUAUGAAAUAAAAGUAGUAAUUACUAUAAAAAAAAUGUAAUAUCCACAAUCCUAAUAUUUUUUUUUUAAUGAUUACAGGAACAGAUAACCAAUUCACAAGCUAAAAAGUACUACCCAUUUAACCAUACGAAGAUUCUCCAAAAAGGUCAAAACUAAUAAUACAAAAAUCAUACAAUAAACUGCAAUAACAGAAGGAAAGUAUAAUCUGAUGUCUGAAGGCCAUUGAAAGAAGACUGAAAGAAGAGAAUUAUGGCAAGAUGACAGCAAUGAGAACAUUCUUGACCAAAGCAGAUGAAAAAGUGAAAAGUCAGGCAAUUCUGAAGCGCUUGUCAUGUCACAGAUCAUCCAGUUACUAAUUGUAAGAAAUUUUGGUUAGUGAAUAGACAGAACAUCCCUCGAGAAAGUGGUCUGGAAUCCUAAGCAACACCUUCGUAUGCCAUACAAUUAAUUCGGGUGAUGAAUGAAAGAUGACUUCUGUCAGGAACAGCCAUUUUCAAGAGCUUCCUCCCGAGCAAGAGCUUAUUGCACCUUUUGGAGUCUUCAGAGUUAGAGGUGGCAUUGCUUUCGGCAGGUGCUGUGAGGUGUAUGAGGGGGAAGACUGUGUAUCAGGGGGCCCUGUGGCUCUCAAGGUAUUCAGACGGCACCAAGACUACCAGGGAGCACUGCAGCGAGAGUUGAUAUUUUUGCGUACCCUUGCUACUCCUGAUGCCCCAGUCGUGCAACACUUGGGAGAGUUGGAGUGGCAGGGCAGAGAUAUUUUGGUCCAAGAGCUGUUGAAGUUCACCGCACGAGAUAUUCUGCUUUAUCACGACGACCUGCCUUGCUCCCCCUGGCUGGUGACAACUCUUGCAGCUCACGUCAUGAGAGGUUUAAUCCAUUUGCAUGACAAUGGGGUGGUUCACGCAGACCUCAAGCCACCUAACAUCAUGUGGAGUGCGCAGGUGUCUGGCUUCAAGCUCAUUGACUUUGGCGUGAGUUUCACGACGAAAGAGAAAUACACACACGCAGUACAGAGUAAAGGGUACCAAGCACCCGAGAGCAUCUACUGGAACAAAAAGAGAGCAGAGAUCAGCAGCUCUGACACCCCGGCUGUGGUCAGACCAGGGAUUCCUUCAGAUGUCUGGAGUGCAGGAUGUAUUGUUGCAGAGGCUAUUGUUGGCUGCCAGUUGUUCCCUAGUUUUUGUGAGACCAAUGUCAAUAAGGCCGUGAAAGCAGCACUUUCCAGCAGCGCAGCCAACUAUUCACCGCAGUUUUUGGAUGGAGCAUAUGACUUUAUAACAAGAUGUUUACAAAUCUCACCAGGGGACCGUGCCAGCCCACGAGAGCUCUUGAGUAGCCCCUGGCUAGCCCAGGCCUACCGUCCUACUUUCCAUGACUUGUCACUACUUCGGACCACAGUGUUGCGUGUCCUCAAUGUGUCAGAUGCCCACCAGCUCGAGGGCAUUCCUGAAGGUAAAGUUGUGGAGAAUUAUUUCCUGCAGCUUUGCAAGAAGCAUGGUGAUGUCAUUGACUACCACUUGGAAGUGGCACUUGGGGCUUUCUUUGUGCAGUACCACCAGGCUUCAGAUGCAGAGGAAGCAUACUAUAUCCUCUCAAAGACAAUCUUCAAUGACAGAACACUAAUUGUAACAUUUUUUGACCUCGACAUGUGGCAACAAAGAGAGUUAUAUUGAGCUCUUAAAGUUCUCAAAGUGUACAUAUUUUCCAUAUGUUGAUGUAAAAAGUGCAAGUCAUGAUUUGUUUAUGAGCAUUCAGAUUAGGGCAUAUAGUAGUAAUCUCACCCAUGUAUAGUAUUUAGUCCACUGCAGUUUCCUUGAUGGUAGAAAUAGUAGUAGUUGUGAUAGAAAAUAUAAUUUGUUCCCUCCACCCCACUCUAAAGAAAAGAAAUGUGUAGAAGAGAUAGUAGUAGGUAAUAUUUCAUUAAACGAGUAGACAAUCUUAUAGGAUAUGAAAUGACAUCUCUUCCAUUAGAUUUGCUAAUUUAAGAAAUUGAAAUGUGACCGGAGUUAAUCCAGUUUCCAAAGGGAUUUGUGCUGUGAAAGUAAUUUAUCUUCCCUCAUGUAAUGUGCAUUUACUGUAUCAAGUCGAGUGAUUUUAUUCUGACGCAAAAAAAAAAUCAAGGAAAGUUUUCUAAAACAUGAUUUUUAGGCAUUUAUUAAUGUUUGUUAUUUGUCAUUUUAGGUCCUGUGUGUAGUUCUGAUGUUUUUAACUCAAUGUACGCGAGCUUUUUUGGCGGCCGUGCGGUCCACCAAAUGGGUAUAUCUGUAUGGGCCGCAAUCCGAGCAAUUGUACAGUUCUUUUUUAUUAUUUUAUUUGAUUUUAUUUCUUUAUUUUUUAUUAUUAUCUUUUUGUGUGUGUGUGUAUGUCAGUGUUACAUUGCCUGAAGUUCUUCUUGUUCUUGUCCUCCUCCUCCUCC